UAAAUUCCACUCUCCCACAACCACCGCAGUCCAACCCACUCCUUCUCCCGCCUCUGGUUGUCGUCCAAGUCGUCACGCCGCCGUCGCCGCUAGCAGCGCCCAUCGCCCUUCACCAUCAUGACCGACCGCUACGGCGACCCCUUCGCAGACCGCCCGCGGCAGACGCACUUUGCUGAGCCUGCGCCCACCUACCCCAGCGAGAGCACCAGCACCCUUCAUCCUUACGAGAGUACCCCGUCGCUGGCGACCAAUGACUUUGGCCAGCACGACGAUGACUACGUGGAGAAGCAGCCCUUGACGAGUGGGCAAGAGUUUGCGGGCGGGUUUUACCCUCCAGCUGCCGCCGAUCCCAACGCCUAUGGCGACCCGUACGCGCACGGCCGCCCGGGGUCCAUCAUGUCCACGUCGAGCGUGGGCGUUGAUUCCGCCUGGCGCAGACGGCAGACCAUCAAGCGAGGUGUUACCCGCAAGGUCAAGCUCACCAGUGGCAACUUCAUCACCGAGUACGCUGUGCCCACGCCGGUGCACAGCGCCAUCGAGGCGAAGUACGCCGCCACCAACACCACCGAGUUCUCCCACAUGCGCUACACCGCCGCGACGUGCGAUCCAGACGACUUCUCGGAAGCGAAUGGCUACUCGCUGCGCCAGAAGAUCUACAAUCGCGAGACCGACCUCCUCAUCGCGGUCACGUCGUACAAUGAAGACAAGACGCUGUAUGCGCGUACCCUGCACGGUGUGAUGCUCAACAUCCGCGACAUCUGCAAGACGAAGCAGUCCAAGUACUGGCGUCGCCAAGCCGAAGAGGGAAACCCCGGCUGGAAGCGCAUCACCGUAGCCCUCAUCGUCGAUGGCCUCGAGGCAAUGGAUAAGAGCGUGCUAGACAUUUUGGCGACUAUCGGUGUCUACCAGGACGGUGUCAUGAAGAAGCAGGUUGAUGGCAAGGAGACUGUCGGACACAUCUUCGAGUACACAACACAACUGUCCGUCGAUGCAACGCCGCAGCUCGUCUUGCCCCAACCGAACGACGCGAACAACCUUGUUCCCGUUCAGAUCAUCUUCGUCCUGAAGGCGAAGAACCAGAAGAAGAUCAACUCCCACCGUUGGCUUUUCAAUGCUAUCGGCAAAAUGCUUCAACCCGAGAUCUGCGUUCUCAUCGACGCUGGUACGAAGCCCGGUCACAAGUCGAUCUACUACCUCUGGGAGGCGUUCUACAACGACCCCAACCUUGGUGGAUGCUGUGGCGAGAUUCACGCUAUGAUUAAGGGCGGCAAGAAAUUGCUCAACCCCCUCGUCGCGGCCCAGAACUUCGAGUACAAGAUGUCGAACAUCCUGGACAAGCCUCUAGAGUCCAGCUUCGGCUACGUGUCUGUGCUGCCUGGUGCCUUCUCGGCGUACCGCUACCGCGCGAUCCUCGGGCGCCCGCUCGAGCAGUACUUCCACGGUGACCACUCGCUUGCGGACCGGCUCGGGCAGAAGGGUAUCUACGGCAUGAACAUCUUCACGAAGAACAUGUUCUUGGCCGAGGAUCGUAUCCUCUGUUUCGAGCUCGUCGCGAAGAAGGGCGACAAGUGGACUUUGACCUAUGUCAAGCCUUCGAAGGCUGAGACGGAUGUGCCGGAGCAGGCUGCUGAGCUUAUUGGUCAGCGUCGUCGUUGGCUGAACGGUUCGUUCGCCGCGUCGAUCUACGCUCUGGUCCACUUCUUCUCGUUCUACCGGUCUGGCCACAACCCCAUCCGCAUGUUCUUCCUCCAUGUCCAGGCAUUGUACAGCACGUUCUCCCUCGUCUUCUCAUGGUUCGCGCUUGCCAACUUGUGGCUCACGUUCAGCAUCAUCAUCGACUUGCUCCCGGAUCAGACGCCUGCUAUCAACAUCUUCGGUACCGCGGAAAUCACUCACUGGGUUAACUUGGCAUUCAAAUGGACGUAUCUCGCUUUCCUGGGCUUGCAGUUCAUUCUGGCCCUGGGUAAUCGACCGAAGGGAGAACGAAUGGCGUAUACCAUCACAUUAUGGGUGUACGCCAUUCUAGCGGUCUAUCUUCUGGUUUGCUCGUUCUGGCUCACGAUCAAGGCGUUUGCGAAUAUACCGGAAACGCUGAAAGGCAAAUCGGGCUCUGACGCAGUCAAGGUCUUCAUAUCAGGCGAUGUGGGCACACUAAUAGCGGCCAUGUUCGCAACGUUCGGCAUCUACUUCAUUGCGUCCUUCCUCUACCGCGACCCAUGGCACAUGUUCUCCAGUUUCCCGCAGUACCUCUGCUUGGCGCCGUCCUUCACGAACAUCCUCAACGUAUACGCCUUCUGCAACCUUCACGACGUAUCAUGGGGUACGAAGGGUUCUGACAAGGCGGAGGCACUCCCGUCUGUCAACUCCAAGAAGACGAAGGAUGCGGAGGCGCCUGUCGUCGAGGAUACCGCCCGCGUGCAGGAGGAGAUCGACGCGAACUUCAAGGAGACGGUUACGCGUGCCAUCACCAAGGUCGAGGUGAAGGAGGAGAUCGAGAAGCCGACGAUGGACGACCAGAACAAGACUUUCCGUACGCGUCUCGUCAGCUUUUGGAUGCUGUCCAACGCCGCGCUGGCCAUCGCGAUUGCGAACAUCAACGGUCUGCCGAGCGACGACUUGGAGCAGGACCAGAAGGACCUGCACGAAAAGCAAAACACGUACUUCAAGUUCAUCCUAUGGUCGACCUUCGGGUUGGCCUUGGUACGUUUCGCUGGCUGCUUGUACUACUUCUUCCGCCGCAACCUUUUCCGGUGCUGCCGGAGGAACUGAGCGACUGCUACGCCCCCAUGUGUUUACGCCCCCUUCCCACCAUUUAUGUGCAUAUACGGUGACAUGCUGCGUCGCCACACUUGGCUUGGACUCGUCUCGGCGGACACGCGUAUGAUAUCCCUUUUUGUUGGAAAGCUGCUAUCUCCCCGAAUCACCCUCUCGCUGCUUUCCCCACCAAACACCCUCACGCUGGCACUCAUUACGCUACGAUCCUUAUUUAUUUCCCUACGACGUUCUAUAGUUUUGGUCGGUGAAGCUUGACGCGUUCAUUGAUGUAUCUACCAGCGAUUGUGGAAAUGCUGCCUGGAGCAAUUGGACUAAAGGCGGAAUUCAAUAAGGAUCGUAACCCUC